AUGACGCGCGGUCUCCAAAAGCUGCAGGCGCAGGCCAAGAACAAUGAAAAGAAGGCCGCUGCUGGCAAAAAGUCGGACGGCAAGGCUGCCGCUGCUGCUGCCAUCAAGUAUAACUGCCAGUUCUGCAAGACCAUGCGGACCACAAAUAUUGAAGCGGCUGGUCGGCGGUUGACCAUUGCAGUCGAGCUGCGGCGGCGUCGGACCACGCCGGAGCUGCAUGCGUUGGGUUUCUUGCGAGGCCACAUUGUCCACGACGUCGAUUUGACGCUCGUGGACAAAAAGAUGCAGUUCAGUCUGCGAGUGGCUGCGGAGGGAGUGGAACAGCGGGCCCCCAUGAGCGAUCUGCAAACAUACCGCGAGCACUUCGACGCAAAGCACCCCAAGUUGGCGCAUCCCCCAGAAUUCGCCACCGCUUAA